GAGCUCGGGACCCCGGAAGCAGUGGCUGCAUCCUGCAGGAGCAGACAGGAUUGGGGGUAUCUGAGGAGUGGGGACUAAUUUGGGGUGCAGCUGGGUUUUAAAGGCCUCCCAACUCCCUGCUCACUUCCAGACAACAGCAGAUGGACAGAUUCCUGGUGAAGAAGGCUGCGGGCUGUCCUUCAGGACCAGCUAGAGAAGAGCAGGAACCAGGACACACCUUCCAGGCAGAAGAAGAAGAAAGAGGUAAGAAGAGACCCAGGAGGGAAACGGCGGAGAAAGACAGAGGCCUGGCGGGCGGCUGCCACUGGAGGAAGAUUCGGGCUGAGAACUUGGACUGUGAUUACACGGUCCUCUUUGGCAGGGAGGCCGCCGAUGAGCUUCUCCAGACGUUGGAAAAGGAAGUAGAGUAUUUUGAAGGCGAUCUUUCCAGAGUCCGAGUGUUUGGCAAAUGGCACAGAAUCCCAAGGAAGCAAGCCACUUACGGGGACCCAGGGUUAACCUACACCUUCUCGGGACUCACCUUAUCUCCAAAGCCCUGGAUCCCAGUCCUGGAGCACAUUCGAGACCGCGUGGCUGGUGUGACUGGACACACCUUCAAUUUUGUACUUGUCAACAGAUACAAAGACGGCUGUGAUCACAUCGGUGAGCACCGGGAUGACGAGAGCGAGUUGGCUCCCCGGAGCCCCAUCGCAUCCGUCUCCUUUGGAGCCUGCCGGGACUUCUUCUUUCGGCACAGAGAUUCCCGAGGGAAAGCGCCGUCCCGGCGGGUUGAGGUGGUGAAGAUGCAGCUGGCCCAUGGGAGUUUGCUAAUGAUGAACUACCCAACCAACAUCCACUGGUAUCACAGUCUCCCCAUCAGAAAAAGGAUUCUGGCUCCACGGGUCAAUCUGACAUUUCGGAACAUUCUGCUCUCUAACAGAUAAAUGCUUUUCCUAACUCUCGUAAAGCCUCAUUUUUGUGACAGAAAAAUCCGUUUUCCUUACAGCUCUAUGUCAAGGAGGGACUAAGUGGCAUUUUAGAUAGUAAACAGCGUGUGAAACAAAGCACAGUAAUCACACAGAACGCAAAAUUUAAAGAGGAUGGAACAGCACGUGUUGAUUUAUUAAAGGACUGUCUUACAUA